AAAAGCCGAAACCCAACUAAUGACUCAAAACACGGAAAGGGGAAAGGAGAUUGGAAAAGGCAAUCAGGGAGGGAUGAGAUUGAGAUCGUGCGAUCGGUUGCAGGAAGCGUUGUUGCAGUGCCAUCGUCGGAUGCCGGAAGGACCGGCGCGGAGGUCAGGAUGCAGACAUCUGAACAAAGCGUUGGCGGAGUGCAUGGUGGGGGAGGCUUGUCCUGAGGAAUAUGAGGCGGUGAGGUCGCUUUGCGCAAGCGGAGGAACCAGCCUGAAGCGGAAACAGUGCGAGGAGGCUAACUUCUCUCUUUCUCUCUGUCUUUCUCGCCAUCAGCGAGACUACUUUGACCAGCAGCCUUAGAGAGGAUGAAUUGGCAUUGUUUGAUCUGGUGGUGAGCUUCGUGUAUUUGGGAAUUAGGGUUUAGUCGUGUGAUCGGUACGAGAAUUGGAUAUUUGAUCUUCACCCACACCCAAAUCGUAGAAUAAUAAUUUUGAGUUAGAUGAAGAAGAGAGGUGAGAGGAUCAAAAGUUGAGUUUAGGGUUCAUCUGAGGUUAUGAAAUCAAGAAUCUAUUUGCAAUUACACAGUGGUGGUAUUCAUUUGCUUUCUCAAGGGAUUAGAAUUUUAGAAACAUUGUUUUGUGCAAGUGUAAGAAUCUUUUAGCUUCUGCUGCGAGUGUGAUCAAUCAAUCAAAAGAUCUCAACAGGUCUAUUUGGUUCUCCAUUGUUGGGAGAAGAUGAAGAAUAAACUUCACUGUAUCCUCCUGCACGACACACCUUUGUUUAGUACCUGAAUUUUUCCAUGUCAUAUCUUAGAUUUAACACUACAAGAAUUCAAUCUUUGUAAUCGUUUCAUAUAAAAAACUGAACCCAUCUAUUUUCUUGUUUCAUUUCUUUUUCUUUUUCUUUUUCCUUUCUAUCAUCAGCUUUUGUUUACACUUCCAUCCACCACUCACUUGGCCACGUUGAUAUAUAUAUAAAGCGAAAAUCCA